CUGACAGAUUUGAUAGACAAAACCGAGAGCAGUAUAAGAUCACUAUCGGAAGAUCCAAAUUUGUUCAAAUUGCAUGAACGAAAUGAGCGAAAACGAAUGAAGAAAGAGAAAACCCCUCGAAGGGACGAAUCAACAUCAAUAACACCGCGCCAAGAGGUUCAGCGAGGUCCCUCACCCAGGGCACGUUCACCGCCCCGAAGUCCCCCGAAUGCUGGAAAAGUGGUCGAUUUUCAUAAGCUUCUUGCGAGCCGGUCAUCGCAUCAGGCAGAAUGGAUUCUCGGCAAGACUCCACCGAAGCAGCCGGAAACUCAGACCACAAAACAGCCAAGUACUGCUAAUGCUGGACAGAAACAUAAGUUUGAUUGGAUUCUUCAGACUGAACAUGCGAAAGUGCCCCCUCCUACGCAGGGUUCUGCUCAUGCGCCCGAUCAAAAAGAGCCCGAUCUUAAUAAAUUACAUACAAGCGAUUCAACACACCAUGAAGGGUGGAAUCUUGGCGGAACUACGCAAAAGAAACAAGCGGCUCAGACGGCGCAGGGACCUGCUAGGACCGAACAGGAACAGAAGCAUGAAUGGGCCCUGCGAACGGAACACGAGAAAGACGCAAAGGAGCUCCCUCCACAUCAUGAUCCCACCCCUUCGUCUCACGGAAAAGAUGCCGAUUUCCAUAAGCUGGUUGCAAUCGAUUCAACUCACCAUGCAGAAUAUAUUUUGGGUGGCGAACGAAAACCAAAGAAGGAAAAUCGGGCGGUAAAACCGCCCGGUAAGGCUGGGCCACCACCCAAAUCCGAAUGGAUUAUUCAGACGGAACACGUGAAAGACACACAUGCACUCACCCCUGCGCGGAGUCCAUACACGUCUGAAUACCAAGCAGAGAAGACUCAAAGCGAGGAAAAGAUGCAGGCAACUUCGGGUGUGCGAGAGAAACAAGAGCAGGAAAACGUACUGUUAAAGUCGCCAAAGCCUAUACCACAGCCUUGUAGUCUCUCCAGAGAGAUAUUCAAUUACGACAACGUCCCUGAUGAAGGAGCCGAUGAGCAAGAAUUGAGCCCUUCGACUGUGAAAUCUGAAAUUCUGCCAAGAGGUCAAAAGGCAAUUUGUCUAAUGUCUAACUUGAAAGUUCGAGGUCGGCAUGGACCGUUGUCAGCUGACGAGAGGGCGAACGAACGAACACCAUUUGGAUCGGAAAGUGGGAACCAAAUAUAG